AUGGCAUAUUAUGCUCACUUCGCGAGCGAUGGAUUCCAAAGCGCCGCCGCGGAGCCUUCUAGGCGGUAUACAGAAGUAAAUAGGACGCUGCAAGGACCUAGAGAAGAUACACAAGAAGACAAUGUGAUAUAUGUCAACGAAGUGUGUAUGCAAAUGGAUCAGCUCAUGUCAAAAUGCGAGGACCAUGAAGAUCUGCUCGUUUUACUAGUCACGCACAGAGGCGUGAUGUACCUACACAAUCUCGUCACUGCUAUGAACAUGCUACAGGCGUUCGCAGAACGCGACAGAGCUAGAACAAGACAGCCGGAUGCUGAUGACCUGUUUGCGGGUUAUCAAGAGGUAUUUGGAGACGAUGUGGCACCACCGAAGGCAGAAUAUGCCGCUGGGAAUGGUGAAGUUGAGAAUCGUAUGAAUGGCAUACACCAAGCAAAGGCAGCAAAAGAAGCAACAGAGCAACUUGGGAGGCCCCAAGAGCUCACAUUAACAGGGGACAUAGAUGGUCUAACGGAAACACAGCAAAAUAUUUUAAAGAAAGCCAAAGAGGAAGUAUUGGUACAUUUUGAAAACCCGGCCAAUCGCCAUUACCUGAAGUGUAGGCAGCACAGCAUGCCUGUUGCAGAUGUGAUUGUACGGGAUGAAAGAUUUGACUUGUUACUGCACGAUAUAUACGAGAAUCGGAACAAAUUGGAUGUAGAGUCGGCUUGCCAAAUUAUCAUUGCCCUUGAUGCUUUGCAAUACAAAUACUUCAGGCUAUACAACGGUAUACUUAGGCAUCUUAUGCGUAUACCUUUACAUGAUAGUUACCCUUCAACGGCAAAGGAAAAGGGCAAAUUGUUACUCAAGGCGUGCCAAUGUUACGUCAGGGCUGGAUUUUAUGACAGCCCACUCUACUCAAAAGUCUGUAGAGAAAUAUACAGACAACCUAUAGAGGGUGCAACAAACGAAAUCGAUCCGGAGUCGCUCGUCGAAACUCUCAAAUUGUUCGCAAAAGUAGACGUUUACGAUCCAGUUGUCUUCUCAGCGGCGGCUGCACGAUUGAUGCAUACACCACUCACCGCCAAUGACCUUAGCCAUGUCGCAGCCGCUUAUGCAGCGCACAAUAAUUAUACAAAAACACAUGAUGAGGUGAUGAUUUGGGCCGCUAAUCAGAUACAGAAAAGGACAAAUGAAUUCACCACCCUGGAACUAGCACGAUGCGUAAAUGCCUUCGCAGGAAUGAGACUCUUCUUCCCACCGGUAUACAACACACUUGUGCAGCGGCUUAUCGACGAUCUUGAAAUGGCUGGGAACUCAUACGUCAAAAUGCAGCUCACAAUACCGCAAAUGUCAGUCAUUGUACACCAUCUCGCAAACUUCGCACCGGACGAACAUACUACACAGAGCUUAAUACACAAUUUCAUGGCCUACCUAGAGGAAUAUAUCGACCUAGUCGACGAAAAGUGUGCGAUCAACCUGGCAUUCGCAGUAUGUGCUACGAAUACACAUGUGGCCAACCCAUACCUACUAUCGUUCCUGCUUCGCAUUAUUGGAAAAGGGACUGAAUGGGAGCAAUGCAAGUAUCGAGUAUUUGCUAUAUGGCUUUUUCAUGUCAUCAAUUUCCCCGAAAUAUCGGCAAACAUGCCCAAGAGAUGUAUCACUUCCGGAAUGCGCGAGUGGAUGCUCAGGCAUGGAAAUGGCACACAGUUCACGGCGGAGCUCAAAGAUAUCGCAGAUAUACUACAGAAAGAUCUUGGACUGAAAAAUAUCACAGAAACAGACACUACGGCAAAGGGUAACGAAGUUAUUGAGGGCAGAGAAGCAUCGGACGCCGUUACUGCAAUAUCAUCUAUAGACAUCAGCAUCGAAGAUAUUAAGCACAAAAUCGUCAUAAAUGAAAAUAGCUGCAGAAAUGAUACGCAAAAACCUAUAGGGGUAGACCUAGUCAUACAAAACCUCUUGAGGAGCACUGGAGCCAAGGUCCAUUCCGUAAACUUUCAGCAUUGGCUCUCUAUGAAUAGGACCGAAAAGGAACAGUUUCUGAGAGACGUGCUCUCAUUAAGUUAG